AUGACUGAAUCCAAGAUUCAUUUCUUCGAUCUCCUCUCAGACCUACCUGGUAUGGACCAAGCCCCGAAGUUAGGUGAUACUGCAAACAGACCACUGACUCAACCAGGACCUUCCAAGUCAUGGUCUCCCUUCACUUUGCGGACCAGAAUGGUCCUUAACUUCAAGGGGAUCCCCUACACCCAAAGCUGGAUAUCAUACCCCGAUAUUGAACCUUUCCUCAAGGCUCAGGGUGUCACACCUGGCAAGUCAUCGACACCCUACACACUGCCGGCAAUCAGCCAUAAGGGGUCAAUAACGAGUAACCCAGACGGGGUGCUCAUGGAUUCUGAGUCGAUUGCCACGUACAUCGACAAGGUGUACCCAUCGCCACCGCUAUUCCCCUCCGGCGACGCAAGCUACUCGCUCUUAGUCGCCGUGCUGAAUAUUAUAGACAAGAUCGCACCAUUUUACAAGCCACUGAUAAUUCCGAACGUUCCGUCGGGACUGGAUGAACGUGGACGGGAGUACUUUAUCCGGACGCGGUCUGCGGCUUUCGGGAAGCCGCUUUUGGAGGUCAAGCCAACGGACGAGGCAGAGUUGCUUGCUCUGUGGCAGCUUAUCGAGGAGGUGGCGGAACCGCUCGUUGUAAUGUUGAAGGGCAAGAAUGGGAAGAAGGGACCGUUUUUGGAGGGUGAGAGGGCUGGCUAUGCGGACGUUGUUCUCGCUGCGCUUUUGGCUUGGUUCCAGCGCUUUGGCCCGGACACCUUUAAGAAGAUACUUGAUCUGGGGAAUGGGGAGUUCAAAGCGUUUUAUGAAGCUUGUUUGCCCUGGCUUGAAGGGCAGGGCGAGGAGAAGGACUGGCCGAUUUCCCAGUGA